GCAGAACAAGACCGAGAUUGAACAAGGCGGUGAGCCUAUAGUUAGCUUCGAUGGCGAUGACACCUGUGCUAUUAAUGUGCGCACCGCUCCUCCCUCGUUCCCCUAUAGCUCCCAAUACCUGCCCAUGGGCCGAUGGAAUAACUGCAUCACUGACUCUCGCUGUAGUCGGCUGAGGCCGCUGGUUCUUUCACCUUCGACCGGGUGUUUAAUAUGAAAGUGAAGCAGCAUGAGAUCUUCGAUUACUCCAUCAAGCCCACUGUCGACGACAUUCUCAACGGCUACAAUGGAACCGUUUUCGCGUACGGCCAGACUGGUGCCGGAAAGUCUUACACGAUGAUGGGAACGAAUAUAGAAGAUGAUGUUGGCAAGGGUAUCACCCCCCGUAUUGUCGAGCAGAUAUUCACUAGUAUUCUGUCAAGCCCCCCAACUAUUGAGUAUACCGUCCGAGUUAGCUAUAUGGAGAUCUACAUGGAGCGUAUUCGUGAUCUGCUGGCACCACAAAACGACAACCUGCCUGUCCACGAGGAGAAGAAUAGGGGCGUGUAUGUCAAGGGUCUUCUAGAGAUAUAUGUCUCGAGCGUAGAAGAGGUUUUCGAGGUUAUGAAAAGGGGUGGUAACGCCCGAGCCGUUGCUGCCACCAACAUGAACCAGGAAUCUUCCCGCUCACAUUCCAUCUUCGUCAUCACCGUCACCCAGAAGAACCUCGAAACGGGGUCUAUGAAAGCCGGACAGCUGUUCCUAGUCGAUCUUGCCGGUAGUGAAAAGGUUGGCAAGACUGGCGCAAGUGGUCAAACGCUCGAAGAGGCAAAGAAGAUCAACAAGAGCUUAAGUGCGCUAGGCAUGGUCAUCAAUGCUCUCACCGAUGGGAAAUCUUCGCACAUUCCUUACCGUGACUCCAAAUUGACCAGAAUCUUGCAAGAAUCCCUCGGAGGUAACAGCAGGACUACCUUGAUUAUUAAUUGCUCACCAAGUAGCUAUAACGAUGCGGAAACACUCAGCACUCUACGAUUUGGCAUGAGGGCCAAGUCCAUCAAGAACAAAGCGAAGGUUAAUGCUGAACUCAGCCCAGCAGAGCUCAAGGCCAUGUUGGCAAAGGCCAAGAACAACAUUACAAACUUCGAAAAUUAUAUCGCAUCAUUGGAAGGUGAAGUGCAGCUUUGGCGCGCCGGCGAGUCGGUUCCGAAAGACCGCUGGGUGCCUCCAUUGUCAGACGGUGCUCCAGCCACAAAGCCCGAUAAGCGGCCGUCGACACCAUCGCGGCUUGUUACUGAAAGUCGAUCAGAAACGCCUGCACUCACAGAUCGCGCCGGAACCCCCAGUCUCCCUCUUGAUAAGGACGAGAGAGAAGAGUUUUUGCGAAGAGAGAAUGAACUUCAGGAUCAGCUGGCAGAGAAGGAGUCUGCCGUAGCAGCUGCUGAGAAGACUCUCCUGGAGUCCAAAGACGAACUAGCAUUCCUCAAAGAGCAUGACAGCAAAGUUGGCAAGGAUAAUGAAAGGUUGACGACGGAAGUCAAUGAUGCCAAAAUGCAGCUUGAGCGUUUAACGUUCGAGAGCAAAGAAGCCCAGAUUACCAUGGACGCGCUAAAAGAGGCAAAUUCUGAACUCACGUCGGAGCUUGAUGAAGUCAAGCAACAGCUCUUAGAUGUGAAAAUGAACGCGAAGGAAACAAGCGCCGUUUUGGACGAAAAGGAGAGGAAGAAGGCGGAGAAAAUGGCUAAAAUGAUGGCCGGUUUCGAUCUGGGAAGUGACGUAUUCAGUGCUAAUGAACAGUCUAUCGCAAGCGCUAUAGAACAAAUUGAAGCUUUAUACCAGCAGAGCUAUGAAGGGAACCCUAUUCCUUCGGAAGACCUGCAAGAGGUCAAAGCAAAGCUAGUGGAGACGCAGGGCAUCGUCCGACAAGCAGAGCUUUCACUUUACAGUGGUGUUUCCGGCGAUGCAGAGACACGUCGGCGAAUAGAACUAGAAAGCCGUCUGGAAGCCUUACAACAGGAGUAUGAGGAUCUCCUCACUCGCAAUCUCGGAGACACGGACAUUGAAGAAGUCAAAGACCGAUUACAAAAGGCCUAUGCCAAUAAACAAACCACACAGAUGGAGCUGGUUGAUGAACUCAAAGCUGACAUUGCCCAAAAAUCAUCUGAAAAUGCUCGGAUGAAGACGCUAAUAGACGAGUUGCAGUCUCGCAUCAAAUCAGGGGCUGUAGCGGCCCCUGGCCUUGCUAAUGGCAAGACUAUUCAGCAGCAAAUUGCCGAAUUUGACGUGAUGAAGAAGAGUCUGAUGCGAGAUCUACAAAAUCGAUGUGAACGCGUUGUCGAGCUCGAGAUUUCGCUUGACGAAACCCGAGAGCAGUACAACAACGUUCUUCGGUCAUCUAAUAAUCGCGCGCAGCAAAAGAAGAUGGCGUUCCUCGAGCGUAAUCUUGAGCAGCUGACACAAGUCCAGCGCCAGCUGGUCGAGCAAAAUAGCAGUCUCAAGAAAGAAGUGGCAAUCGCUGAGAGGAAGCUCAUUGCCAGGAAUGAGCGUAUUUCAAGCUUGGAGAACUUGCUGCAGGAGAGCCAAGACAAGCUAAUUGCAUCAAAUCACAGGUUUGAGUCUCAGCUCUCGGCUGUUAAGGAGCGGUUGGAAGCAGCGAAAGCGGGCUCAACUCGUGGUCUGAACGCAGCAUCUGGCGCUGGCGGGUUCAGCUUUGCUAAUGCCGGUAGCCGCAUCGCAAAACCACUCCGAGGAGGCGGCGGCGAUGCGCCUGCGCAAGUCCCCACCAUCGCCAACCUGCAGAACGAAGGCAAUGCGGGUGGCAAGAGAGGUAGCUGGUUGCCCUUCCAGAGGUAAACCGAUGCGUAGUUGCUGUCGUGAAGUCUUGCUUGAACACCUCAAGGAAUUACUUGCCAUGGGAAAUUAUGAGUUGUCACAGGAAUAUUAUACCCUCAUGAACUUUUUUUUUCUUUUUCUGGCGCUCCAUCCU